GACUCUUUAGUUUGACUCGUUGAUUCAUAAUGCCUGAACCUGCGAAGUCCGCCCCGAAGAAGGGAUCUAAGAAGGCCGUCACGAAGGCCGCCGGUAAGGGAGGAAAGAAGCGCAGAAAGUCCAGGAAGGAGAGUUACGCUAUCUAUGUGUACAAAGUUCUGAAGCAGGUCCAUCCUGACACCGGGAUCUCCUCCAAGGCGAUGGGCAUCAUGAACUCCUUCGUCAACGACAUCUUUGAGCGCAUCGCCGGUGAGUCGUCUCGUCUCGCUCACUACAACAAGCGCUCCACCAUCACAUCGAGAGAGAUCCAGACCGCCGUGCGUCUGCUGCUGCCCGGUGAACUGGCCAAACACGCCGUGUCUGAGGGCACAAAGGCCGUCACCAAGUACACCAGCUCCAAGUAAAGUGAAGCUCCAGCUGCACCCAAAGGCUCUUUUAAGAGCCACCCAUGAGCUCAUUUAAAAGAGUUUAUUGUUCUAGGACACAAGGAAGUUUAUAAACCGGUUUGUUUUCAGCCAGUCAUCAGAGAAAUGUUGUUCUCUAUCAAGGUCUUAUUUGUAAUGGAUUAUAAAUAAUUAACUGGUAAAGAAGCUUUUUUUUUUGUUUAAUGUUAAUCUACAAUAUUCUUUAAAACGGAUCUGAAUAUAUUCAAAUAUAUCUCCUGAUCCUCCUGUAAUUAUUGUUUUAAUGUUUCUUUGGGGGGGGGGCUUGUGACUUUAAUAAACUGAAAGUGUUUAUUUAGAGAGAGGUGUUAGAAACAAACCAAACACAGAAGCAAGAUGAAAGACUUGCAUGAAUUCUGUAACCAUAAUAAAAUAAUUAACACCCAAACUGAUGCAUCCAGUAAUUCUGUAUGACCGAAAAAAAAAGCUUUUAAAAGAUUUGACCUUUUUUUAAUACAAUGAAAACUGAAAGAAAAGUUACUCUCCUCAUUAAAGUUUUACUUUUGCCACUAGGUUGUUCUGUUGUAUAAAUAUAUAAAAAAUAAAUAAUUAUGCCCAUACACUUUCAAAACAUCAAAAUAAAUAAAUUAAAAGUGAGACCGGAGCAACCCCUGGGCAUGAACACUAUUGUUGUAUUUCAUGAGAGACAAAGUUUUCUUCCUCCAGGGGGUAUUUGGUAACUCCGAAAACUUUCUGAUAGUGGAGGAUUCGGAUUUCUUUUCGGACAUUUUUACAUUAGUUAUAUUUAAUAAUAAAAACAAAAAAAGAUAAUUGCAAGGAUUGAAACAUGUGAAUGGAAAUAAGCUGCAACAGUCUCUAUAAAAGUAGUUUUUUAAAUCCUCAUCCAGUUUUAUUAAAUGAGUGUGAUUGGCCCGUCCUGGCCAGCGCUAAAAAAGUAACGAGUAUCACGUGUGUCAUCUGUGCUGUUCGGCCGCAGUCAGGACCUCUGUACAAACAUUGUAGCUAAAGAUUCAUUUUCCUGACAAACUUUACUUACCAUUGAAAUAAAAACAGACCUCUCCGCCAUCGUCGUUCAAAACCAGUUUGACUUUUUUCAUUGGAGUAACACAAGAUUGAGGGACGAGAGGAUCGUGAUUAUAAUAUCUGAUGCAUUGUUUCCGUCCCUUUGAACUAUUAUUCAUUUUCAGCAGGUUUCAGUUUCUCUGCAUUUAUGUUCGGAUUCUGAUGGCCAAAAAGUGAGCGCAUAUUAUUGCUUGUUUCCCUUCAACUAAUGGGCUAUAUGCAU